AUGUUCAUUGAACUAGAUUGUCCUGCUAGUGUCAGAAAGAAAUUGGCGAAUCUGUAUGCAGAAUCUCUGAAAGUAACUGUGCCUAGUGAACCCGAUGUGUGCCCUUACUUGAUGCAUGUGUUGCUAAAAAUGGUGUAUCGUCUGAAUGUCGAAAAGCUUGAUUGGAAUAUAUAUCUUACAGAUGUUGGGCAGUGGCAACAUUUUGACAUGGCCUCUAGACGUGCAGGGUGGCUUCCAAAGGAUCCAAAUGAAUAUCCAAUAUGCACUCAUGUAGGUUUUGGUCUUGUCCUUGGCGAUGAUGGAAAACGAUUUCGGAGUCGCAGCAGCGAGACUGUUCGACUGGUUGAUUUACUUGAUGAAGCUAAAAGGCGCUGUAAAGUUGCCCUUCUUGAACCUGAUAAUGCUAAAGAAUGGACAGAAGAAGAGAUUGAGAAAACAUCAGAGGCAAUUGGAUAUGGGGCUGUUAAGUUUUCGUGGAGUCAUGCGCAAAUCUGUUACCAAACAUAUUAUGUGAAUACCUAUAUAAUUUGGCCGAGAUCUUCACAAAGAAAUUUUAUUCUAAUUGUCAGGUUGUUGGGUCGCCUGAGGAAACUAGCAGACUUUUGUUAUGUGAAGUAACACUUGUUGUGAUGAGACAUUGCUUCUAUCUCCUUGGAAUUGAACCAGUUUACAAGUUAUGAUCCAUCUGAAUGAGGAGUUCAAGAGCAAGUUUUCUAUGGAAGAUCUCAUUCUUAGUGCACAGAAGUGUAGGAAACUUCUAACGUUAAAUUUAUUGUGUAAUCACUAUACCUCUUCUGUUAUAGUUAGAGCAUCUACUGUAAAUUUACUGACAAGGAAAGAUCCCUUGAAAUUUGAUAUGGAGAUUUUUUUUACUAUGGCUUAGAAAUCCUUAUCUGUUAAAAAAUGUUGAUGCGUU